CCUUACACGACAAUGUUAUGUACAUUUACAAAAUAGUACCUACACUUCUAACACCCUCCCUCAAAUUGAUGAUGUUGUCGCAACAUUAAUUUGUGUGCUAGAAACCAAUGUCGUGUAGUAGAUACUGCUUUUGUCAAGAGGUCAGCUGCCUGGUCUUCAGAAGUAAUAUAGUUGAGCUCCACAGACCCUUCGACUACAAGCUGACGAACAUAAUGUAUGUGUACCUCAAUGUGCUUCGUCCUGUCGUGUAACACGGGAUUGGUUGCAAUCCGAAUUGCACUCGUAUUAUCAACAUAUAGUCGCGUAGGGACCUGCCAAGGGAAUCCAAAUUCUGCUAACAGCCGCCUCAACCACACAAUCUCUGACGUAACUUCACUCAUGGACCGAUACUCAGCUUUGUUGGAAGAACUUCGCUGGGAGCUUUUGUUUUUUUCACUUGGAAGAACUUCCUAAUACGAUUUUCACUUCAAUAACGUAUCUUUUAUUUCUCUCCAUUUUUCACAUUUUUAGAUGACUUAUUGCUAUACGAAGCGUAUAACGUAACCCCCACAUGUCUUCAUUACAACGUGCUUUUGUUCUAAUUCGUGCCUUUCAGUUCCAUAGUAUAACACUGCUACCCAUAUAUCAUAACAAAAACAAGUUAAUUUAUCGUCAAAUUGACUACUGAUGAACCAACGUGCACGUGCACUGAUUUCUCUUUUCAAUUUCGAGAUUUGACCUGCAAGUUCUUGGUAUACUUAUAUCUCUAUCACACAAAAACCCCCCAUAAUAUCUUCACCCACCUUAUGCUAAGAAAAAUUCUGCAUCGAAAAUUGCAUGAUGAAGGUCCAAAUCUAGAAAUUAGAAGCUUAACUUAUUAAUAAAAAAAAAUUAAUUAUCUUGACGUCCCUUUCCUCCUUAAUUAGAUAGUUCCUAUUAAAGUGUGUUUAUGACUAUAUGCCGCUCCAAAUCAUCAACCAAUUAAGGCAUAUAUUAAUCAUUAACUAUUGAAGUGCUUGCUUCCCCAUCUGUGUACGAUCUGAAUUAGGGGAGCAAAAUAUUUUUCUAUAUAAAUCUUGUACCCUAUGCCUAAUGCCUUAAUUGGUCACGAAUAAUCUCAACUUCCAUAACUAAACAGUACUUAAAACUUCCUUAAAUGCACUAAUUAGCUUCUCUGCAACUUCAACGACAAUAAUGGAUGAAUCGAUCGCCUCCUUCCUUUUCUGCUCCACAGUUCCAUCACUAUAUAAACCUAGUCACCCAAUAGCAACAAGCAACCGUCGAGAAACGAAGACGCGAAGAGAUAGAUUUUUUUUCCCUGUCAUCCCGUCGCUAAAGAUGACGCAGUACUGCAACCACUGCUGCAAAUACCAGUCCGUUGUCAAGAAGGGCAACAAGGCGCACUGCGGGGUGUGCGACAAGGUGCUGGGUACGUUCGGCAACGUCGAGAUGGACGACGGCGGCGAGCAUCGGUCUUCUUCUUCUUCUUCGUCGCCGUCGGUGUCCGUGGCGGCGGACAAGAGUGAUCAUAAUGGCCGUGCUUGUUUCGGCGAAGACGAGACUGCCGGAACGUCGUCGGUUUGAUUGAUCGAGAGGAGGAUAUUAUUUUGAGAAUGAAAGCUUCAUGUAGCGAGAUUUUUAUUUUUUUUGGUUUUCUGUUUUGUUUUUCAGUUUCAUCGUAGUGCUAGCUUGCUAGUAUAAGUAGGUUAGUCGAUUUUUGGUCUUUUCGGGGAGAGAUUUUGUUCCAAUUAUGAGUUGAUUUUUCGGCUUCUUAGUUGUUAUCGUUGAUUUAAAUUAUUAAAAAGAUAUAUCACGAUAUGGAAUUCAAAUAUGUUAAUUAUAAAUAUCGUAGUGUCUAGUCCCUGUUAAGAGGCUCAUAAAAAUAUCAACAAAAUUGUAACCCAUAUAAUCAAACUAUUGAAUUUAGAGUUUGCCAAACCGUACCAUACUACUCUUGGGAAAAAAAGUUGUAUUAGAGCUCAAACCCAUAUAAUAUUUAUCAUUAUGUAAAAUCACAAUUAAAUCAUAAUUUAAGCAUAAAAUAUCUUAUCACUUCUACCCAAAAAAAUAUAUAUUAUCACAUAAUUAUAUAAAGUACAACUCUUUUGAUAUGAUUUUACUAUUCCUCAUUGAAUUCACUUAAUAAAAAACACGUAGGUACCCUCACGAUAGAUGGGACCUUGCAGACGAUUUUAAUUUUAAGAUGCAAUGCAAAUGAAAAAAUAUACAAAAUAUUUAGAACUAGAUCGAUCUCUUAAAAAAACACACUUUUUUUUUUACCAAACUGGGGGAAAAAAUAUCAAUGUUCAAAUCAGCCCGGGGUCAACAAAAAUCAUACUCAAAAUAAUUUUGAAAAACAUGCAGUCUUCUUUCCUGUGACAUGAGCUUAUGGGCCCUCUCCAAUAUGCAAAGUGCGUCCAUUGGAUUGGCAAGUAGACAUGACGAUCGCCCACUGACCAUUACUACCUUUUCAUGACAAGAAGAGAAGCAAGUACACAGGACGAUAGCCCACUAUCCACUGACCACUACUUCUUUCAGUUCGAGUUAGCCAUACUUGUCACAAGCCUAGUGGGACAUUGGAAAGGGGGCAAAAAAGUCCAUUGACCACUACUUCUUCUUUCGUUUCGAGUUAGUCAUACUUGUCACAAGAUCCAUUGGAUUGGCAAGUAGACAUGACGACCAGCCCACUGACCACUACUACCUUUUCAUAUCGAGAAAUUAAAGAAGGUGAAGUAUAGCAUGACAAGAAGAGAAGCAAUUAGUACACAGGAUGAUAGCGCCCACUGUCCACUGACCACUACUACUUCUUUCAGUUCGAGUUAGUCAUACUUGUCACAAGCCUAGUGGGACGCUAGAAGCGGAAAAAAAGAAGAUAAAACAUAAAACAUAUGGCUUCGCCCGGGUUCGAAUCGGAGACCUUCAAUGUGUUAGACUGACGUGAUAACCAACUACACCACGAAACCAUUGAUGUUUUAGUCCUUGAAAUAACAUUGUUAUAAAUGCUUCAAGAAGCAUGCAAGGUAACAGGUUAUGGGAAAAUGAAUUGAGUUAACACUGAACAAGCAAUGAAAAUUUCAAAAUCUUUUCAACAAUCAAAAAAAUUAGAAUCACCAAUUUGUUUAGAAUUCAAAGAUUUAGAUUCCAAUUCUCCAAACCAUCGCAAGAGAGAGUUUUAUAAAUUGAUUUAGGUUAACUAGAUACAAUACAAACCGUAGUUAUAGAGCACUUCUAUUAUGCUAUAUGCAUGUGUGAUUUAAUGUACAACUUGAAGUUGUACCAUAAUAUUAAAUGCAUAAGUUUAGG